UAUUUAUUUUCAAAUGAACGAGUCCGGCCAAGGAAGAAGACACCGUCGACUCCAGCUGAUAUUUGUUUAGCACAUCCUCCCAACAGUAAAAUGGCUAGCUAUUUAGGCCUAGACAAAGUUGCCAAGGCGAUAAAUAUAAUAAGAGCGAACGGAGGUAUCAGGGCGUCAUUGUACAAGCUAUACAGAAUUGAUACUUUGAAGGUUGGAACUCUUGUUGGGGAAGAUGUAAAUGGUAACAAAUACUAUGAAGACAACAAGUUAAUGCUUGGACGCAAUCGCUGGGUAGUGUACCAUCCUAAGUAUGGAGUAGAUUAUGAUCCUUCAUCUGUUUCUGCCGAGUGGUUUGGUUGGUUACAUCAUAAAACUGAUCAGCCUCCAACUAAAGUCCCACCUAAAAAUUAUUCUUGGAUUGCACCAUUCCAGGAAAAUGUAACUGGUACAAAAGAUGCCUACACUCCUUACACUACUACAAAACCAAAAAUCGAAGCUUGGGUCCCUCCAAAAAAGCAGUAAUUACCAUUUCUGUGUAUUUCUUGGAUGUUAAAAGUUGAAAAUUGUCAUCUUUGUAAAUAUAAAUACUUUUAUGAUUCUAAUAUAUUACAGUAGUUCUUUUUA